UUCCGUGCGUUUAGACGUCUUUUCGUUGCGAGCUUCUCACAAACGGCCUUCGCGUGUUUUUCAGUUUAUUGCGCCAUCCGAUUCGCGCAUCAACUCUUAGAAUUUAGCGCAGCAGGCAAGCAAAUAAGCGUGUAGAAUUCGUGUUUCAGAAAUUUGAAUUAUCCAAAUUGUAAAUUCAAAAGUGUUUUAACGAUUCUGAAGGCAUUUUUAAUGUGAAAACAUAAAGUGAAACUGAUUGUAAAGUGAAUUUAGGGAAUCCAUUAAGAAUACUAAAACAAGUACUAAGUGCAGUCAAAGCUUGUUUAUAAAUUCCCACAGAGUGAUCGUUAAAGAUCGUUAUUAUUCAACAAUUUCUAGUGAAUAAAUAUUGCAGUGAAGUGUCUGAAUGUGAUUUUUGGCAAAAUUUGAAUCAAUUAUGAUAAUAAUAUAAACAAGCGCUAAAAUAUAUAAAUACUAAAUUUUUGUAAACAAAUCGUUUUAGUUUGAGUGUGUUUCGAAAUUCUUGAUUUUAAACUCUUGACUCUUUUUGAUUUAUUUCCAUUAAAAUUGAUUUUUUAAUCCAUUGUGUACGGUUUUUGUGCGCCGAUUGUUAUCAAUAACUGCGGUUACGCCAUCAACAACAACAACAACAAUAACGAAAACAACAAUCAGCAACGUUAAGUCGCCGGGGUAACCAACAACGACAGCAGCAAAAAUACAUUUGUUUGUGUAAGAGUGUUUGUGCAACUCUGUAGCCGGACAAUGCCAGGCGCGCAAGCGAUGCGGUAACCCUCCCAAUCAGCCACAGCGAGCGUAUAUUCUGCAAAAGAGCAAAAAAAACUCAACUACAACAAAAAGGAGAAAGCAGCGAGAUCGAAGGCAGCAAAUCAUUUACGCAAACAAAUAAGCGCACAAGCACGUACUCAAGCCUAAUCCCAGGCGUUUGAGCAGAAAGCCGACAAAGAAUAAACAACUUCGGCCAAAACUACCACACACACACACACAAACACUUCGUUGUAUAACGCGCGCCAGUUACGCCCUAGGUUAUACGGGCUAAGGCGCUUUAUUCCAGUAAUCCUGCGGGCGGUUGUUGAGCUCCGGUGCCCAGUGCUCGUCUCGUCCCAAGAAAUACGAGCAAAAAAUAUUUAAGUUGAAAUUCCAGAAAUAAAUCCAUCAGCGCAUUGGAAUUUCGUAAGGACAGCCACACACACACACACAUACAUAAGCACAAUUGUGUGACGCACACUUGAAAUUCCAACAAUUUCAUCGUUUUUCGUUCGCCUGGUUUACCGUUAAGUUUUCAUCAUUGCGUUUUUAUAUUUUGCGCCCACGUGCCCCGAGCACAACCACCAUCCGCACCAGUUGCAGCAGCAGCAGCAGCAGCAGCCGCAUACGCAGCAGAAGGUUGUGCUCCUGCCAUCGCCGGCGACUCACCUCUACUCACCGCACCCGCACAGCGGCGCACACACCUACACCGCCGGCCACACCUGUGACGCCGAGACGUUGGCAUACGCGAGCAAGGCAGCCGCUCUGACGGCCAACCACAGCUUAAGCAGCAGCAACAGCGCCGCCAGCAGUCCCACCAACAGCUUCUACAAGCAUCACACGACGUCGUCGUCACAUUUCCUCAGCGUCGGCGACACCAUGAAGCUGUCAAAGCUGUCUAAUCAGACGAACUCGCAGGAUCCGCAGGCAGUGAAUUCGCGCAUCUUUGUGGGCAAUUUGAAUACGUUCCAGUGCUCGAAAACGGAUGUGGAACGUAUGUUCCAGAUUUAUGGUCGGUUGGCGGGCAUAUCGAUGCAUAAGGGUUACGCUUUCGUGCAGUUCACAAAUCCCUUUGAUGCACGCAACGCUUGCCACGGCGAAGAUGGACGCACUGUUCUAAGUCAGACUUUGGAUGUCAAUAUGGUCGCUGAACCCAAACCACACCAAAUUGGUAGAAAACGACAGAAUGUAUCCAAAACCGGAAAUGACUGGGACUAUUUCUACGACAGCUACUGCUCGUCGACGCUGCUGCGCUCAUCCGGUGUCCGUCCGAAGAAGCGUAAACGCCUAAUGACAUCCACGUCGCGUUUGCUCAGCGAUGCGGUGAAUAGCAGCAACAUAAAUGCCGCUGUCGCCGCAGCAGCACUGGCCCAACAACACCAGCAACAGCUGCACCAACAGCAACAGCAACAACAACAGCAGCAGCAACAGCAGUCCACACACUUGUUGCCCCAUCCACAUCAUCAGCAUCACGUGCAGCAGCAGCAGGCGCAUAAUCACCAUCAACAACAACAACAGCAGCACCAGCAUCAGCAGCAGGUGGCCGCCGUCGCCAUGGCUGCCAUGACAGCCAACCUCUUGCCACAACAACAAUUGUUGCUACAUCAGCAUCAGCACAGCUUGCUGGGCAAUGCCACCGCUGCCGCCGCCGCCGCGGCUGCUGCUGCCGCCACAUGCAAUGGUGUUGCCGGCAGUGCGAGUGGCGCCAACACACCCACCAACGCCGCCGCGCAUCACAGUCUCAGCGUCUAUUUGCAACAGCAACAGCAGCAACAGCAACAACAACAGCAGCAGCAGAUCAAACAACAGCAACAAGCGGCGGCGGCUGCGGCCGCUGCGGCUGUCGGUCAAUACACGCUGACCGCGACGGGUGGCUUGCAAUUGAAAUCGUCGUCAACCGUGCAGAAUGCCACAUCAGCAAUAAUUGCCGCCGCUAAUCAAACAACGUUGUUGAAUGGCGCUGGUGGCACUGGUGCGGCUGGCCUCAAUGGUGUUGGCAGUGGUGCUGGUGGGGCCAAUGAGCAGAUGUCAACAGCAGCCACCAACUAUGGCAGCUUGGCAAAUGGCCAAACGCAGCAACAACAACAAGCGUCGUAUAUUGGUGGUGCCUUGCAACCAUUGACAUUGUCGCUGCCUGGUAUGCAGCAAUCACAGCAACAACAACAACAACAGCAGCAGCACAAGUCAUCACUUUUGCAAAAGCAAACACAGCAGCAACAGCAACCGCAACAACAACUGCUGCCGCAGCAACAAGAGCAAUUAAGUUCGAAUCAACAAUGGGGACCGUUCAAAGUUUACAGCAAUCCGGACACAUUAAUUUGCGGCAAUUGUCGGGAAUGCUUCAACGAGCUGGCUGAAUUAUUAGACCACAAGCGGAGUUAUUGCAAGUUGCGUUUCACUUGCAAGUGCCAGGAUGUUGCCUUUGCUGCAAAAACACCGCCGAUGAGCGCCAAACUGUUAUGUGCCGUUUGCAAGGAUGCCUUCGCCAAUCCGUGGGAUCUGAUGGUGCACGCACAGGCUGCGCACAUGGUCAACAUUUACGAAUUGGGCAAUGAGGCUAAUAACAAUUAUGCCACCGCCGAUUGUGCGGAGGCUAUAGCCACCAAUGCCAACAACAACAACAGCAACAUCAAGAAUGUUAAUGUUAACACAGUCACACCGCUGUCCACCACUGCCAACAAUAUUAGUAGCACAUUCAGUAGCAGCAACAACAACAACAACAACCAAAAUGGCAACAACAGCAACAUCGCCGCUGAUUCGGUCAACGCAGCGCAGUUGGCGUCGCCGUCGUCCUCACUGUCACAGUUUAAGCUCGAGUUGAACAACAACAACAAUAGCAAUAAUAACAAGAACAUCGCCAACAACAAUAAUAACAGCAUCAUCAUCAGCAAUAACAACAACAACGGCGGCAGCAAUUGUGACAUUAGCAGCAUUGGCAAUGAAAUACAAAUGUCGCCAACAACCGAAACAUUGUCAACGCCAACAUCGGUGGCUGGCAAAUUAGAGAGCAACAACAACGGCAACAAUGAAAACAACAAUAUCGCUAUGAUAACGGGCAAUAUGUCGGCUGGCGGCAACAACGGUUUCAUGGCCAGCAAUGGGCUUGGCGGCGACGCCGAUCACUGCAUGGAAGGCAAAUUCGGCAUUUGCAACAGUCCGACAAGUGGCUCGAUGGCCAACAAGGAGGAAACUCAGCACUCACCAUUGGAUGGCCACACCACAAUCUUGGCACACAACCACCAAGCAGAUGAUGUCAAAAUGUUGAAUGGUUCGCUGUCGUCGCGUGGCAGUUCGCCAGCUUUGGAGCAUGAAGAACAAGAGCAGCAAACGCAGAAGCCACAACCCGCUUGCAUUGUGCGCACACUGAGCAUUGAGGCAACGACCACACCGAGCACAACUGCCAACUUGAUGGCCGGCACUCUGGCUUUAAGCCUUACAAAUGGCGUUGGCAGUGCCGCCACAGCAGCAGCAACGGAAAUCAAAUAAAUAACAACAACAUUGGCAGUAAUCGCGUGACUUAUAUUAUGCCAUACAUACAUAAAUAUAACACAGCAACACAAACCAAAGUCAAAUUAAAAUGGAUGCGCGUCUGGUUGCACAUGGCGUAUGAGUGACGCGGAGGAUAUUACAGCUGGCGUCACAGUCACAUAUUUAUACAUACACACAUUUAAAGUAUGAAAAGCUUGUGUGACUCGUUUGCGGUAGGUGGAAUACAUAUGUACUUUUAUUAUUAUGCAAAUUUGGUGGCGAGUGAAAAAUUAACAGUAAACUUGAUUUGCAAUUUUCAAUUUGUCUUUGUGUCCUUUUUUAAAAAAUCCAAAAUUAAAAAAAAAAUUGUCAUAAUGAAAAUACACCAAAAAGUGUAUGCACAAACUAAAAUUAGAAAAUUAAGUAUUGUACAAUAUUUUAAGCUGCCUUGGUAUUGUAUUUUGCCACAAUUAGAAUGAGGAAGUUGAUUUUAUAAAUGAAAGGAAGAAAAACUUUAAGAAAAUUAAUAAACAAAAAAUUGAUUUACUUUUAAUGAUUGACAAAUUUAGUUGCAUAAUUAUUAAAUUAUGUGAAGUAUUUUUACAAAACUUUAUUAUAAAGAGCGUCAUGACAUUUUGAUCAAUUUUUCAAACACAAUCCAUCUAUAUUUUGUUUAAAAACACCAUAUGUAAGUAUGUGUGGCAAAAUCUUUAAACUAACCGGUCUUAAAACUUCAAAGUCAAACUUUCAAUAAAAGAAAACUAUUUUCUGGGAGAAAAUUAACCCUUAAGCGCUUACACAUGCCACUUCGAACUUUUCUCUUACAUUAAAAAAAAGCCUUUUGGAGGCUCCGUUAGAUUUUUUAGUCCAAAUUAUUGACAAAGGGCAGUAGCAGAUCUAAUUUUUUCCUCUUGAAAAAACCUACCGUCAGAUCAAAAUUAGCUUGGACUGACGAAAAACUCAACUUUAAAAUCCAUAUCUUUAUUAUCAUCUUCAAAAUAGGCUCCUGAGCAAUGCAAACAUGCCAACACUUAACUUCUUUUUCAUACAUUCGUUAUAAACCUCGGAAGUGAUGGCUUCAGUGCCCUUAACGAAAUUUGAUUUUUUACUAGUUAUACUCUCAAUACAAAUAUGUCCAUAUCCAUGUCCGUUUGGGCCUCAGUUCACAUCUCUCCUCUCGUUCCGGGAGACUGUGAGACGUCCGCCCUAACACAAGUUGGGAGGAUAACACACAUUGUCUCAAAGCCGUAGCUGAUAGCGUCGAUGACAGAACCGUUGUCCUCUUCGUUCUGAAGAAUCAGCGCCUAUGUUCCCUUGAGCCUUAUAACCCCCCGGCCGCGAGUUUGGAGAGACGGAUUGCAGUAACGUAUAAUUUCCUCUAUCUGCUUAAGUACAUAGCCCGGCGUUUCCUCUAAUCACCUUUAUAAAAAUUGUAGAUAUAGCCCCCGCGAUCCAUUUCCACUUCUUAUGGAGGAUCGCAUAGCAUCAAUUCUAUUGAAUCAGUCCGGUUAAUGAUUUCGCUAACGCUGAUAUCGAGAGAAGAUUUCCUCACGUACGAGCUCUGCGACUUAACUAUAGGUUGGGACUUACUAGAGCCGGCUGAUCUGCUAUCCUCGCCGCCGCCGAGCACCCUUUUAGUCCACACAUCUGGGCGGACCUGUUGCUCAUACUUCGGAACAGUCUUCCUGCUACCGUAGCGAGUUAUUAUCUUUGCUGCUAUAUGGUGAUCCGAUUUCAACUUCCUUGCUGCUGUCGACGGUUUUAUACCCAGGCUCUUAACCCUGAUUGCAAUAUGGCAGAAAUUCCUCUGCUGGAAAUGGCGAUUCCGCCUCGCACUUCAUCUCUACAGGCAGGCUUCUGCUGAUUGGCAUACCAUCUUUAGUCGGUAAUGACGCUUUUAAAUGAUACGUUUUUUCGAUUUUUUUCGCGGUCUUUCGUGGAGGACAAUUCCUUCACCACAGGUGACCCAUCCAGCACACCUGCAAGGGUUUAAUAUGGGAUACUCUGACUAUCAGGUUAGGGUCCAACCAAUUCCAAAAAAAGCUUGAGUUCUGAAAUCAUAGCCCGAGUUGAAUGCGAGGUCAAGGUUCCUUAGGAAUUUUAACAACUUUGAAGGCCGCAGGUUAUUGAGCGUUGACCAAAUUGCAUCGAUCCACCUUUUAUUCCCAAUAUCGAGCUCGCUUUUAUGUAAAACUAACCUUGUUUGUUGGUCCUUGCUUUCUUCUUCGCGUACUUAGCGCCUUUUUUAUGUUCUGAGUCUCAAUGUCAAGUUUACCGUCAUUUAGUGUGAAGCUAGAUCUGUAUUUUUUCUUCAUGGAAGAAAAUUAGUUUUCUCUAUACAGUAUAUAUCUGGAGUCUCCACGGAUGAUACACUGGAGGAGGUAUCGAUAGUAUCCGAUCUACCGUUUUGUAUCUUCUUUUGUGUUUGUAUCUUUUGCAGUUUUGCACCCAGGUAGCUCGCUCCAUCGGGUUUUGAUUUUCUUUACCCUUGUUCUGUCCAGUCAUACGUCUAAACGGUUAUGAUAAUUACAUAUAUUGUUAAAUUACUCGAACAGGCUUGAAGUCUGAAGUAGAUUUACUUUCAUUAAAUUAUAUACUUACCCACGCAUGUACAUAUGUAUGUGUGUGUAUGCAGGUUAAUCAAGAUAUAUAUAGCAGAUGUUAAACUUAAGCUAGCCGAUAGUUGCAUAUAAUAUGCAGGAUAUAAACAUACAUAUCAUUUUAAAUUAGUUAAAACAUUUAUAUAACAUAUUUAAAUAGGUAAUUAAUUUUAAAAAAUAUAAAUAAUAAUAUAAUAAGAAAUAUUUAAAACAGUAUAUAACAAACUUGGGAUAUGCAAGGAAACAUUUCAGAAAAUCAAUUCUACUAAGGCAAUUAUUACAAAAUGAAAAUCAAUAAUAAAAUAUAUGAAAUAAUUUAUGAAAAAAAAAUAUUAUUAAAAAAUUGUAUAUAAAACAACAACAAGUACUGCAAAUAUUGCAUAACAUUUUUUUUUUAUUAAAUUUGUUUAAAUAAAAUCAAGUAUAUUCCCAACUAUUACCAGGCACAUAAAAAAUAAAAAAAAAACGUAAAAAUUAAAAAAAAAUCUGUAUCGAACUUAGAUUUAGUUACAUAUACUCUAUGUAAUCAUUAAGUAAUCUUUAAAGUAAUCUAAUAUGCCAGGCAAAUUGUAAUCAAAGAAUAUGGUAAAAUGAGCUUUGUACAUAGAUUAGUAAUUAGUCGUGUAUUUUAUAAGAUUUUAGUGUAUCAAAUACCGUUACGUUAACAUGAAAAAAGUAUAUAACAAUUUAUGUAUAAACAUAUAUACAUAUAUAACAUAUAUGUGCAAGUAUAAACAAUAUAUACAAUAUAUUAUACACAUAUAUUGUACUCACACCCAAUUAUGCCAUUAAAUUCAAAGAAAAGUAGAAAUCAAUAUAUAUUUAAAAGCACAUAUAUUGGUGAACAAAAUAUUUAUGAGUAGAUAGUAAAUAUUACAAACAGAAAAAUUCAAAACCAAAAUCACCAAAAAUUAAUAUUGUGCAUAUCUAGCUAUGUGUGAGUUUAUAUUAUGUGCGAAAUUAAUGUAACAGUUCAAGUAAAGGCGUAUGUACUUAUUUAUGCAUAAAAACAAAUAUUAUUUAAAAAGAUAUAUUUUUAAUUUUUUUAAAUUAAAAAUAUUUUUUUUUAAUUUUUAAUUUUUUUUUUUUAAAUUAAAAUAUUUUUUUUUUUGAAAUACUUAAAAAUAAAAUGUCUCAAAUUAUUUGUUGAAAAUUGGAAAACGUUUUCGUAAUAUUUAAAAUAAGUAUUUGAAAAACAAAUUAAUUUUAAUUGUUGUUUUUGUGAAGUGAAAUCAAAAUUUAUUUUAAAUUUUUGUGUUAUUGUUUUGAGUGAAUUUCUUAAUGUAAAAUGGUCUAAAAUAAUUUUAUGAAAUUUUCUUUAAAAUAUUAUCUUCAUUUAAUUUAAAAAAUACUUUCGUAUAUGA